CGAGUAAGUUGGCAGGUCGGUUGGCCCUCUGUUUCCAUUAUUUCAUAGACAACAAAAACUGUUUUGGAAGGAGUUAAUCGGGGGCUCAAGUUGUCUUAUUCCGGGGAUGUGAGUCAUAGCCUAUUGUCCAGAUCGAAAUCUCAAGAUGUCCAUGGCACAAAGUCCAAAUUCCUGCGUGGAGACGCCCAAGGCGCCGGAGUGGCUAUCCAAAUUGGAGUCUCGUCGGGAGCAACUGAAGCGCUCGAAGCUGGGACACGAAUCCGGUGCUGGAGCUCCCUGCAAUCAGUGCAAGGACAAGUGCCCAGGAUUGGACUUGCACUUUUGGCGGAAGGUUUGCCGCAACUGCAAAUGCCGUAAGAACGAGCACGCGUGUCCUGAGGAUGACGACAUCACAGGAUGGGCACAGUUCGAGAUCCUUGGCCAGAUACGUGCCAAGCCAGCUUACAUUAAAAUCAAGGCCCUGGCCAGUCAACCGGUGCAGUUGGAAUGGGUGCCCCCAAAUGCCGCUCCCGAUGUAGUCACCGAUUAUAUGGAGAAACUUGGCACCGCCCAAAUACCCGUGGCCGGAAGCGAUGCUGCCCUCAAGCGAAAGCAGCAGCUGGAACUGCAGGUACCGCCGCACGAUUUGGACGCCACCCUUUGUGACGGGCUGUCGGAGACGGAGGCUCGCCAGCUUCAACAAUAUGUUCAGCGAUUGCGCGAGCAGUGCGUGGGCCAGGGCGUGGUGGUCCGUUUGGGAAAUCGUCUGAAUCAUGCUCAAGUGGAGCAUGUGGCUCCAACUGUGGUUGCUCCACCGGAGACGAGCAAAACCUGGCAAUCUAUUGGACUCUCCCCCGUCGCAGACGUCACUCUAAACGAGCUUCUAGGAAAUGCCAAGCUAUCACAGGCUUUGGCCAGUCCAGCCAGUGCCCAUCCCAGAUUACUGGUGGCCUUUGCCGAGCCCCUAACCGAUUCGGUGGAUGAGUUUCAGGAAAAUGGAGCCUUGCGGGCUCAGUCGAAGGAAAAGCUUUUGGGAAUUAGCAAGCCGGCACUUCAAAGCUUGGUAACACACGGAGUCGUUUACGACAAGGUCUUGGGAAUGCUGCAGGACAAGAAUCUGAACAUUUCCAGGGAUCCCAAACUGGGACCCAUUGCCGAGUUCCGAAAGGAGUACUCGAAAAACCCCCAAUUCAGGGCCGAGAUCAACACCAUCUGCCCCCCGCAGCCUAUGACUCCCGUGAAAUCGGCUCCAGGCACACCGUUCAACUCACCACUGCCCCUGAAGAAUCCAGUGCAGGCCAGAUUUGGAGCCCAGAUGCGUCAGGAUACUCCCAUGCGGAGAGUGAAGUUCGGGGGCGUAUCCACCGUUGUUUAUGAUUGUGGUCUGCCCACCAAUACGGACUACGAUCGAGAUCCGGUCUUUGCCCAGAUCCUGCAGGCGGAACCCCUCAAGCAAGCCUUUCAAGAGGCUCGUGCUGGACGCGCUCCGUCCUCGGUAGUUAUAUCCACUCUACCAGCUCCCGUGGCAAAUAUUGGAGAAUUAAGGGGACUGCCGCCCGCUACCAAGGCUCAACUGCAAUCGAUCGGAUUGGACAAGAACAUGCUGCAGUCUGCUGUGGCCAACGCUCCCUACUACGACCGGCUAUUCCACACCCUUCAGGACAAGGGCAUCUCACACGAUCAGUGCCAGCUAUUGCAGCCCCUGAAGCAAGUACAUGACUGGCUAUUGGACGACGAUAAGCUGCUGGAGGAUAUUGAUAAAGUCUUUGCUGACAUGGCCAAUGGUGCCAAGGAUAUUUCUUAUCCGAAAUCCAAUCUCGGGGAGCUGCCUACAUCGCAGAGCAGCGACUCUGGCUUCCACUCGAAGCCCUCGACUCCCGGUUAUGGCAGCGAGGACCUAACUGCCGGUCAGGGCCGGUUCGUUAGCAUACCGGGAAUCGAGGACAUGAAUAUGUAUCCGAACUGUGCUGGAAUGCCCGAACAGUUCCAACAACUACGAAUCCACGGCGAUGAAGCUGCAGGAAAAGACAACGUAUCCACCAUCUUAUGCUGCGACUGUAGCCAGCCCAUAGCUUUUGGCGAGGUGGCUGUGAAAGCGGAUCGAGCUGGGAAGGAGAUCGCCUGGCAUCCCGGCUGCUUCAAGUGCCACACAUGUCGCGAGCUGCUGGCCGACUUGGUCUACUUCUUCCACCAGGGACAGGUCUACUGUGGCCGCGACUUGGCCAUCAAGUUGAAGAUACCGCGCUGCCGCGCCUGCGACGAGUUGAUCUUCACGAAGGAGUACACGGCAGCGGAGGGAGCCACCUUCCAUAUCAAGCACUUCUGCUGCUACCAAUGCGACGAGCCCCUGGCCGGCCAGCAGUAUAUACCCGAUGAGAACUCCAAUAUGCCACUGUGCCUGCAGUGCUACGAUCGUUUCUUUGCAGUGGCCUGCAAAAAUUGCCAGCAACCCAUUGGACCGGCCGAUCAGGGCGUGGUCUGGGGCGAUAUCCAUUGGCAUGGCCAGUGUUUUGUCUGUGCUGGAGUCCAGUGCUCCAAGUCGCUCAUCGGCGGAAGGUUCUGCGUCAAGCAGGACAUGCCCUUUUGCAGUCCCGCCUGUGUGCGUAGCGUUAUUUCCUAAGGUUGUCUCCACAAAAACCAAAAAAAAAAAGUAUUUAAAAAAGGAUCAAAAAACGCACAAAUAUUUAGCAUAAAACAGUGAAUAGAAACUAGAGAUGCCACACACUUCAAGUGCCUAGAAUAGACCUGCAUUUAUAAAAAAAGACUGCUCCUUGUUGCAAUUCCAAAAUUUUUUAAAAAAGACCUCGAGCAUGUCGAUAUUUUAACAAUUCCAGCCGCUUUUAAACAGUGCCAAUAGACCAAAUAGAAUAUAUAUAUAUGUAUACAAGUUUUAUAUACAAUAUUUAUACAUUGAAAAGUAUUAU